AUGGCCCUCAUCACCGUGACCAUCUCAGGUUACCCCUCCUCUGGAAAAUCAACCCGCACAGCACAAAUCUACGACUUUCUCUCAUCAGCUUCAAGUCCUCAGCCCAAAGUAAAAGCCAUCUCAGACGAUGACUUAGCCACCAGUGACCUCCGAAAAUUAGACUCCCUUCAAGAAAAGAUCGCCCGCGCAACUCUCUUCAUCGCUGUCACAAGGCACAUCGCCAAAGACACGAUCCUCAUCAUAGACGGGAUGAAUUACAUCAAGGGGUUCAGGUACCAACUGUAUUGCAAGGCCCAAGAGGCUGGAGUAAGGGUCACUACGGUCUAUGUACUUGCUACGCCUGAUCAAUGUCGGAAAUGGAACGAUGAACGAGGAGAUGGAAAAAGACAUAAACCUCAGGCCUCAAACGUCAAGCCCUCAUCCAUGGUCUGCUGGGACGCUCCACUCUUCACCAUCCCCUGGGACGACCCAACACCCCCACUUGAAUGCAUAUCAGAUGCAGUCACAACUGGUAUCGUCAAACCUCCAAACAUCGGCACCCAGGUCACACCCAAAGCACCCACAGACGCCCUCCGCACUCAAGAGCAUAUGACACACGCACUGGUUUCUGCGCUCAUGGCUGCUCAGGCUGCUGGCCCACUCGGGGGACCUAUCAUCCUCACCAUCGAUACGCUUGAGCCUAGUUCGAAUACCAGUGCCAAUGAUAGCUCUGUUCUCCGGGUUCGAUUAAAACUCCCGCAUCGUGCAUUGACGCUGUCAGGACUGUAA